AUGGAGCCUCCUCCAUUUGUUGCCUUGAGUCUAAACUUUGUUGUUUUCAGCAUACUAGUUUGUGUAUGGAGAGUUCUGAACUACGUGUGGUUAAGACCAAAAAAACUAGAAAGAUGCUUGAGGAAGCAAGGCCUCAAAGGAAAUUCAUACAGGCUAAUGACUGGAGACAUGAAAGAUAGCUAUAUGAUGCUGAAACAAGCGCAAUCCAAACCAAUCAACCUCUCAUCCUGCCAUGAUAUUGCAGCGCGAGUCAUCCCCUAUGUGCAUCAAACUGUGAAAAAAUAUGGUAGUAAUUCUUUUACUUGGAAUGGCACCAGACCAAAGGUGAAUAUCACAAAUCCAGAAGAUAUAAAGGCAAUCUUCGACAAACAUGAUAAAUUUCAUAAGGUCGUAAACCCAAUUACAACUUUGUUAGUAUCAGGGUUUGCAAUCUAUGAAGGUGAAAAAUGGGCCAGACACCGAACUAUUAUCAAUCCAGCAUUUCAUGCACAGAAGCUAAAGGCUAUGUUACCAGCCGUUUUCGAAAGUUGUAGUGAUAUGAUUACUGAAUGGGUGAGAUUGGUUACUGAAAAGGGUCAAUGUGAGUUGGACGUGUGGCCUUAUCUUCAGAAUUUGACGGGUGAUGUCAUAUCUCGGACAGCAUUUGGAAGUAGUUAUAAAGAAGGACUAAAAAUAUUCCAACUCUUGAGGGAACAAGCAGUACUAGUAACAAAAGCCGCACAUUUGGUCAUUAUUCCAGGGUGGAGGUUUCUUCCAACUAAGUUGAACAAGAGGAUGAAGCAAAAUGCCAAAGAAGUACAAGAUUUACUCGAGGACGUCAUAAAUAAAAGAAAAGAGGCAACUAGGGGUGGUGAAGCAACUAAGGAUGACUUGUUAGGUAUACUUUUGGAAUCCAAUAGCAAGGUAAUUCAAGAAGAUGGGAACUCAAAAAACAUCGGAUUAAGUCGUCAAGACAUCAUCGAUGAGUGUAAACUAUUUUAUUUUGGAGGGCAAGAGACCACUUCAGUGUUGGUUGUUUGGACAAUGGUUUUGCUAUGUCAAAAUCCGAUUUGGCAAACUCGUGCGAGAGAAGAGGUUAUGCAAGUAUUUGGAAGCAAAAGACCAGACUUUCAAGGGAUGACACAACUAAAAGUUAUGACUAUGGUUUUGCGUGAAGUUCUUCGGUUAUAUCCACCAAUAGCUUCGCUAAAUCGAACCGCUUACAAGAAAACACAACUUGGAACAUUAUCAUUACCAAGUGGAGUUGAGAUAUCCAUACCCACAUUGCUUAUUCAUCACAAUAAGAAUUUGUGGGGUGAUGAUGCGGACGAGUUUAAGCCAGAGAGGUUUUCAGAGGGAGUUUCAAAGGCAACAAGGGGACAAAUUUCAUUCUUUCCCUUUGGAGCAGGUCCUCGCAUUUGCAUCGGUCAAAACUUUGCUAUGAUGGAAGCAAAAAUUGUUCUAUCAUUGAUUUUGCAACACUUCGUCUUCGAGCUUUCUCCAUCAUAUGCUCAUGCUCCUUCAUCCUUUAUAACUGUCCAGCCACAAUAUGGGGUUCAUAUCAUGUUAUACAAGCGCUAA